AUGGCCGUGGCUUUGGACGCAGUGUGGGUGAGGGUGAAGAACGUUUGCAAACAGAAUGGGCUCCUCAUCAUGUCGGUGCUGGCUGUGGUCAUUGGCUGUCUUUUGGGAUUCUUCCUGAGGACACGGCGCCUCACAGAGCAGGAGGUGAAGUACUUCCAGUUUCCCGGAGAGCUGCUGAUGAGGAUGCUGAAGAUGCUGAUUCUGCCACUCGUCGUGUCAAGUUUGAUGUCCGGACUGGCAGCCCUUGACGCCAAGUGCUCCAGUCGGCUCGGUCUGAUCACAGUGUCUUAUUACCUGUGGACCACCUUUGUGGCCGUGGUAGUGGGAAUCAUCAUGGUCUCCAUCAUCCACCCGGGUGGUGCGGCACAGAAGGAGGACUCUGAGGACAGCGGCAAGCCAAUCAUGAGUUCUGCUGAUGCUCUGCUGGACCUCAUCCGCAACAUGUUCCCAGCUAAUCUGGUCCAAGCCACAUUUCAGCAGUAUCGGACAAAUAGUGAGUACAUUGUGAAGCCCAAGCCUACGGUGAGUCAAUCAGAGUCCACCACGCGACGAGCGCUCAUCUACGGUAUCCAGGACGAUAAUGGUACCGACAUCCAGAACUUCGCCCUUGACCUGACUCCACCCCCUGAUGUGCUCAUACGCAUUCGGGAAGGAACAAGCGAUGGAAUGAAUGUCCUGGGGAUUGUUAUUUUUUCAGCCACCAUGGGUAUUAUGUUGGGGAGGAUGGGGCCAAAUGGCAGCGCCUUGGUGAACUUCUGCCAGAGCCUGAAUGAGGCCGUCCUAAGAAUUGUUGCCAUUGUUAUAUGGUACUUCCCAUUUGGCAUCGUGUUCCUGGUGGCCGGUAAAAUCCUGGAGAUGAGCGAUCCGUCAGCAAUGGGAAAGAAGCUGGGUUUCUAUGCUGUCACUGUGGUCUUUGGUCUGGUGUUGCAUGGUUUGUUCAUCCUGCCUGCGAUGUACUUCUUCAUCACCAAAAAGAGCCCCAUCGUCUACAUACGGGGAAUCCUGCAAGCCUUGCUCAUCGCCCUGGCAACCUCUUCCAGCUCUGCAACAUUGCCUAUAACCUUCAAGUGCCUCUUAGAGAACAACCACAUUGACCGCCGCAUCAUCCGUUUUGUGCUUCCCGUGGGCGCCACCAUCAACAUGGAUGGCACCGCUCUCUAUGAGGCUGUGGCAGCAAUAUUCAUCGCACAAGUUAACAAUUACGAGCUGGACUUUGGCCAGAUCAUCACCAUCAGUAUCACAGCCACUGCAGCCAGUAUCGGUGCAGCAGGGAUCCCACAAGCUGGACUGGUUACCAUGGUGAUAGUGCUAACAUCUGUCGGUUUGCCAACUGAUGACAUCACUCUCAUCAUUGCAGUAGACUGGGCACUAGACAGAUUCCGCACCAUGGUGAAUGUCAUGGGAGAUGCUUUGGCUACAGGCAUCAUGGCACACAUCUGCAGGAAAGACUUCAUGAAAGAGGGAGAUGGGGUGCCUUUGAUCUGUGAGCCCAAACCCGUGAUGAACACCCCGCCUCUGAUGAACUGUCACAACAACAACGGCAACUACCGGCCCCCUUCUUCAGGGGUCAAACACAAGCUCGUCCCCUCGGACGUGGCGCGGCUGAUGCAGCUGGAGGAGGGCGUCCGGCCGCCUUCAGAGAGGAAGAAGCCUCCGAUCCCCCCGAGGCACCUGAAGAAGAGCAAAGAACACUGCACCAUUGACAUGAAUGGCCUGGAGACCAACGUAUAGCCUCCUCCUGCAGUCUGACGGAUCAUCUGUGCGGAUGUGCUGAUCACAUCCUCGGAGCAAAAGAUACUUAUGCAGGCGGGAGGACAGCACGGCCAGGCUCGUCUUCAUCUCUCAGUUUAUUGUCAGGUCAAAACUCUGUCCUGAAGAGGGAAGCCUCACAGGGGGGAAACUGUAUAGCAGGGGAAUGCUUUCUGUAAGACCGGACAAGUAUCACACUGACAGUGGAGUUUAAGACACCAAAAGGAUUUGUUUGUUUGUUUCCAUUCAUAAAACUCGUCCUUGGUGUGAACCUACAGUGUGAGCUCACACCUGAACUGGACUGUGAUUAGAGGUGUGAGUGCUCACACUGAUGAACUGAUUUCUAUUUGAUAUCUAUUUUAUAGCAUUUGUGAUUUUAUUUUGUCUGUGUGCAACAUGUGACUAAGACAAGUGUUGAUUAUAUUUUAUACUACUUCAAGCAACCAGCUGUUUGUGUCAUAUAAGAGACAAGACAGGACUGCAAGUGUCCGGCUUGAACUACAUGAUCAGGAGGCAAAGUGAAAUGCCCAAAUUGUUUAUUUUGCCUUAACAAAGCUGGUGGUGCUACGUAGGCUGACGGGAUGACAGGGAGGACAGGACUGAAGACAAAGAUCAGAAACUUUACCCUCCCGCGUGGACAUGUUAGAACUGUAAUACGUGUAGAGAUUUGUUUGAACAGCCUCAGGAGCAUUUGAUUUAAUUAAACUUUCCUGGCACUUGAACAGCCUAAAAAAACACUGGUAAUUCAUCAUGAACUGAGUUUUCCUGGUUUGUUGGUCAGGUGGGAUUUUAUGCCUCUGCACCGGGGGUAGCUAUUGCCAGAGGCAUUAUGUUUUUGGGUUGUCCUUCCAUCCAUCCGUCUCAUUUUUCAAAUUUGACACAAACAUCCAC